AUGCGUGGGUUCGUUGCAGUAUUGGGCGCUGUUGCCUCCUUGGCCUCGUCGGCCCUCGGCCAGGUGGACUCGUCCAAAUACGUCGACCCGGAGACCGGCUUCACCUUCUCUCAGUACGUCAACGAAAAGGGCAUCGCCUUCCGGGUGGCCAUCCCGUCCACGGCCAAGGUCAACGACAACUACGAAGCCGUCGUCCAGAUUGCUGCCCCCAUUGCCAUCGGCUGGGCCGGUCUGGCCUGGGGCGGCUCCAUGACUUACAAUCCUUUGACAAUUGUCUGGGCCAACGGCAAGGACGUCGUCGUGUCGUCCCGCAUGGCAUAUGGCUACUUUGUGCCCCCGGCAUACGAUGGCGCCGUCUACACCGUCCUCAAGAAGGGCACCCACGUCAAUGCGACGCACUUCCAGCUCACCGCUACCUGCGUCGGCUGCACGCUCUGGGGCGAUACAGACACGGGCGUCACAAGCAUCGACCCCAAGGCCCAGGGCAGCCUGGCAUUUGCGUAUGCGGCGGCACCCGUCACGACGCCCAGCAACAACGCCUCGUCCUUUAGCAUCCACGAUCUGAUCGGCCACUGGAUCCACGACUUCUCGGCAGCCUCCAACGCCGACUUCAACGCCACCGUCGCCAAGAACGCAUAG